AUGAAGGAAUGCUAUCAAAUAAGAGAAUCUUUGGAAGGGACACAUGAAGAUAUUUCAGAAGGUGAGUUUGCAUAUGACGAGUUAAAACAGAAAUUGUGCAUCUUAGGAUUAACCCAUAUCACAUGGCGAGCUCGUAAUCUAAGGCAGGCUCAAAUUUUAAAUAUGGAAUUUAAUACAGCAAGAACCGCUUGGAGAAAUCAAAGAGAAAGAAAUCAGCAUAUUGUUCAAGAAUUACAAAAUUAUCGGGAGCAUAGCAGAAAUUUACAAAAUGAUAAG